AAAUCGCUAGUUACCGAUGAGGCUUGCAUAGAAGAAGUGUCUGAAGUUUGACUAUAAGCGUGAGAAGGCAUUGAAGGACUUUGAGAAACAUUUUGAACAUGUGGAGGUGGUAUAGGCGGUUGAUUUGAAAAACGAUGUCGGGAAGGUUGAUCGUGUAGGUAGAAAUCGUAAACAUUAUUAAUGCCGGAAGUGCUAGAUGAAGGAGACAAAACAUCGUCACUUGCCUGUGCAUUUUCGGAGAAGUAAAGUAUGCUUUUCUGAUCGUUUUUAGAAGAGGAAGAAGAAGAAGAUGGUGGAAAUAGGACUUGCUGCACUAACCGCUUUGGUUCAGAUAUAUGAUUGCUUACACCUAAAGAAGGAACAUCAACAGAUUCAAUUCUCCAAAGCUCUAAAGUAACUCGUAGGAUAGACAAUGGACGAUUUAUUUCUUUGCUUCGCACUUGCACGAGGCCUACGAUUCUAGGAGCUGAGGCAGGGAUUCCAUUGUAGCCAGCUUGAAAAUCCAAAUGCGGUAAAGGACGGAUUUCAAUUGGUGAAAAGUUUUUAAUAUAUGUACAAGGAGCCGUCAUGCUCUAUGGAAAACCACAUAGAUUGGGGUUUUGGAAGGUUUUCCGCGGUUUCUGAAAGUACAGGUAUUUCUCAAGACAAGCAACAGUCUAGGUUACUUGGGUUAUAAUAUUAGGGGUAUUGUAAAGAAGGAAGAUUUGAGCUUACAAUUCUUUGGUUACUUGAGUCUCUAUUUUUAUUCUAUUUAAAUACAAAAGCAACUUCAAGCGUACGAUGUACGUGUCCAUUGUGUUAUUUGGAAAAAGAAGUCAUGGCUAGUCUAAUUCCUACCGAGAAGAAGAGUUCAUAUUUUCAAUUGCAAUAGAUUUUUUGCAUCCAAAAAAUGAUUUUGAGUCGUUCAAUUUGGUCCAUCUAGCGGGAAAUCUUCCAUGAGAGUAGAACCUAGCAAUAUACACUAAGAAAACGAGAGAUAGACAGAUCUAAAACGAUCAUGAGGCUCCAUUUGAGGAAUUGCUUUGUUAACUCACAUUCUUAGUACUAAGACAACACUACAUGGUAUACGAAGUAGAAGACAGCAUACUAACAUAAGAGAAUGAUGAUUAUUCACUUGCAAAGGGCUUUUUCUCUCAGAAAAACAACAGUACCAACCAAUUUAUCUUCAAUAAUUAAAUCAUUUCGUUUUUUAUCCUUCAUUUUUGUCAAAUCUGUUUAUUUGAUUUUCUUUUUUUUUUAAAUACCCUUCAAGGUACCAUUGAUACCGACAUCAGCACUCGUUCAUUUCAAACUUCUCCAUUCACUACACAUUGGAAACUCUCUUUCAGGUCGUAUUUUUGACAGAAAAUACCUUGACCUGGGAUUAGCGAAAGGUUUUAAAGCGAUUUUUCGCGUUUCUGCUUGUCUUCAGCGCUCCCAGCAUCAGCAAUCCUGUUCCCUUUUUCAUUGACUUUUGUGAAUGAUACGCGAACGUAAUGCGACUAAACGGUCGCAUCCAGAUGAUGCAGCGUCCUUAGAAGAAUACAAAAAACGGAAGAAGACAAUUUUUAACACGUUCGUAGGCAUCUGUUCCCGUACUGUAACAUAUGCAAAAGUCUUGCUCACGGGCACUCCAAUGACAGGCAUGGAUAGUACUGCUGGCAAUACUAAUUCAUCUUUAUCAGGGGAAUCAGCGACUCACUCUUCGGGUACUACUGAAGCUCAAGGAACUAUUGAUGAUCAAUCGCUUGCUUCGUUCUCAACCAGUGUAAAGGAGAAAAAUAUUAAAACAGAAAGAAAACUCAGGUUGCAAAAUCCGCCUGAAAUAAUUAAUUCAAUUUCUACGCAGCGGUUUUUUCAUUCAAGCAACCAUAACUCUGCUACCGCCGCUAAUGGACUUCUCGAACCGUCUCCUCAAAGUUUUCGCGCGUCCCGUCUACAAUAUAUCCCUCGUCCCCAUCAACCUUCUAGACGGCUAUCUACUAGUGAUCGACUAAAGCUGGCAGUAUCCCAAGAUACAGCUGAGAUCAUGGUUCCUUCUGGCCUUUCACCCUUUCGACGAGUUGAGAAUGAAGGCUUGGUUACUUUGCAGGAGCCCUCCUCAAAUCUUUCGGCGAAAGAUUAUACCUCUGUGCCUCCGGUUGAACCAGAGCAAGCGAGCCUGUUGAAACUUCAUGAAUCCAAAUUUGUCACACCUUCAUCACAAAUUCAUGAUGCAAAAAUGCAAAUCCGCUCUUCUCAUUUACCUUUUACCGCUACAAUGAGAAGGUCCAUUGACAAGAAUUCAACGCCCUGGCGACCUCCCCCGCGUCUUGUAUCUACAGAUUUACAUCCUCGUCCUUCGAACUUCCCUUUAUCAUCAGACGUAGAUAAUGAGAAUUCUCUUUUGCAACUGAUUCAAAAACUUAAAGAGAAGCAGACUGAAGCAUUUCAUGAUUGGAACGAAAUUGAUUUCUUACAACUUAAAGGCCUUCACGUUACUCCCCCUCCCGUUCGUCCAAAAUUUGUUUCACUUUUAGAAUUUCCGAAGGAAGCAAGGGAACGGGCAUUGCAUCUUUUAAAUGAUAACGAUCUUCCAAGGUCAUCCUACACUGAGCCCAUAAUCACUAAAUAUAAUAUUCCAAUAAUGUUACGAGAUCUUCGUACCUUAAAAAGUAGACAAUGGUUGAAUGACGAAGUUAUUAAUUUCUAUAUGAACUUAUUAUCAGAUCGCUCUCGUUCCGACUCCUCCUUACCUCGGGUUCAUGUAUUUAAUACCUUUUUCUACACAACACUACAGAAAAAAGGAUACGCUGGCGUUCGCCGAUGGGCCAGAAGGGCUUCCAUGAAGAUUGCAGAUUUUGAUUGUGUAUUGGUUCCAGUUCAUUUGGAUGUUCACUGGUGUAUGGCUGCAAUAAAUAAAAAGAAAAAAAGAUUCGAAUAUUGGGACUCGCUGGCCGGAAGUCCUGGUAAAGUGUUUGAUUUAUUAAAAGAAUACUACGUUGCUGAAACGAAAGGUGCUGUUGAUAUUACGGACUGGGAAAAUUACAUUGAUCAUAAUUCACCGAGACAGCAAAACGGGUACGAUUGUGGUGUCUUCGCCUGCAAAACAGCAGAAUGUCUUGCCCGAGAGGUUCCAUUACAUUUUUCUCAAAAAGAUAUGCCAGAAUUAAGAUUAAGAAUGGCAGCUAGUAUUAUUGACUCUCGGAUAUACUAAUUCUUAUUGAGUGAAUUUCUAUUCUUUUCCUUCAUUGUUUGAUACAAUUUUCACUAUUAUUUACAUCCAUCUAUGUUAUUUUUAGAGGCUUUACCAAAAAACAACUUGAACCAAUAUCCAUUUAGUCUUGGUUGCAUAAGUUUGUUCACAAGGAAACGGUGAUAACACGUAGCAUAAUGAUAAAACACCUUUGAUUCAUAAUUCACAACGAUUCAUAUUCAUAAAUUAUUUGUUUAGGCACUUAGCUGACGAGCAUCAAGACCCAUGGCAUUUAAGAAUAGAUUAACAUUCGCAAUACGUACAACGGCAAUUUCCUCGGGAGAUCUCUUACUUGUAAUUAUAUUAUCGAGUACUCUAUCUCUCGUUUCAGACACCAAAACGAAGUGCUGGUCGGAGGAAGCAGCAGUGGCACAGGCUGCCAAAAACUCCCAGGGAUAUGAUUCAUCGGCGUAAGCGCGUGCAUUUGGGGGAGGAAAAACUGUUGCAAAGUGGUCUUUAAGGCAGUCAAAUAAUCCAUUAAAUAUUCUCGCCCUGUAAUUCAGUUAGUACAUCAAUUUAACAAGCUACAACACA